AAUUUGUUUAAAAGCUUUUUUUUUUUUAAAUUUGAUACAUAAGUGGAAAAAUGAGGUAUAAAAGAUGUUGCCAAACUUUCAAAAAGCACAGAACAGAAGAUGAACAGAUUUAGAGUAUUUUGUUUUUCAGCAAUUUUGCUAACGGCUUUUGUAGUUGGUGACGCUGCUCCUCACCAUAAGAAAAAGCAUGGAUCAGUAAAAAUUUCUUCAGGUGGAAGUGCAGCAGGUGAAACUGAAGCCAACAUUAAUGCCCAAUUAGGUGGAAGUACUGGUGCUAAUGUUAAUCACAAUGCUGAAGCAUCAGGUGGAAUUAAUUUCGGUUUCAAUCAUAAUGUUGGAAUUUUAGGAUCAGCAAGUGGUAUUUUGGGAGCCGCCAAGGACAUAUUAGACGCGGAAAAAAGUGCCGUAAACAGUAUUGUUGAAGCAAAUAAAAAUAAACACGCUGGUAUUCAAAUUAAUCAUGGUAUCAAUAGUGGAGUUAAUGUACAGCACGAGAACAAUAUUGGAGUUCAUGUACAACAGGAGAAGAAAGGUGAUACACAUAUUGGACAUGGAGGUCAAGUGAAUUUAGGCAUUCACAAGGAUAUCAAUGUUCAAGGUAAUUAUGGUCAAACUGGAGGAGCAAAUGUUGGCAUUCAAAAAGGUGGUAGUGGUUCAUUGAAUGUUGAUCAUAAUGUUGGAACAAAAGGAAGUGUUAGCAUACAAGGAGGUGUGGAACAUACAGGUGGAAUUUUGGCAAAUGGAUUAUUGGGACUUGCAAAAGAUAUUAUUGACGUUAAGAAGGGGGUAAUUAACAAUAUUCUUGAUCAUCAUAAAGGACAUGGAAUACAAGUUGGUGUUAAAGUUGAACAUGAAAAUAAAGGUGGUGUACAACUUGAACAUGGAGUUAAUCAUGGAUUAAAUGUAGGAGUUGAAUCUAAUCAUCAGGGAGGAAUUCAACAUGGAACACAAGGUGGUGUUAAUGUAGAACAUGGAACAAAUGGAGGAAUUCAAAUACAACAUGGUUACAAUGGUGGUGCUCAAGUUGAACAUGGAAGUAAACAUGGUUUUGAAUUAGGAUUUGGAGGCAAUCAUCAAGGAGGUGUUCAACAUGGAUCUGGUUUUCAAUUAGGAUUUGGAAGUAAUCAACAAGGAGGAAUUAAUGUGAAUCAUGGAUCCAAGGGUGGAGUUCAGAUUGAACAUGGUAAACAAAAUGGACUUAAUUUUGGAUUUGGAAGUGGCCAUCAACAAGGAACCCAAGGCGGAAUUCAAGUAGGUUUGGAGAGCAAUCAUCAAGCUGGAGUUCAACAUGGAUCUGGAAUUCAAGUGGGUGUUGGAAGUAAACAUGAAGCUGGAACUCAAGGAGGAGUUAAAGUUGAUCAUGGAGCCAAGGGUGGAAUACAAAUUGGAGUUGGCAGUCAACAUGGAUUUAAUUUUGGAUUUGGAAGUGGUCAUCAACAAGGAACUCAAGGCGGAAUUCAAGUAGGUCUUGAUAGCAACCAUCAGACUGGAGUUCAACAUGGAUCUGGUUUACAAUUAGGAGGUAAUCAUCAAGGAGGUUCUCAGGGAGGAGUCAAUGUUAAUCAUGGCUCUCAAGUUGGAACCAAUGGAGGAUUCCAAUUGGGAUUUGGAGGCAAUCAUCAAGGAGGCAAUCAACAUGGAUCUAGCGGCGGUUUUCAAAUUGGAUUUGGAAGUCAACACACUAUUGGAUCUAAGCAAGGUGUAUCUAAACAAGGUGGAUUCCAACUAGGAUUAGGUUUCUAAUUUAAAAAAAAAAAAAACUUUUUCAAAUUUUAGAAUUUUACAAUUUCUUCUUUUUAUAAAUAAUUCAAUUUUAAUUGUUCACUGUGUAAAAAGAAUGUUAAUCCCUAUUGAAAAAAAACACGUAUAAUUGUACGUAUAAUAAUACGUAUAAUUAUACGUAUUAUUAUACGUAUAAUUAUACGUAUAAUUAUACGUAUAAUUAUACGCAUAAUUAUACGUAUUAUUAUACGUACAAUUAUACGUAUUAUUAUAUGUACAAUUAUACGUAUAAUAAGACAUACGAAUUUGAAACAAGAAUUAUACGUAUAAUUAUACGUAUAAUAAUACGUAUAAUAAUACGUAUAAUUAAUUAUACGUAUGAUAAUACGUAUAAUUAUACGUAUUAUUAUACGUAUAAUUAUAAUUCUAUUAAAAAUAGAAUAAUAGAAUAGAAUAAUUAGUAGCAAAAUUGCGCUGGAAAUUUUUAGAAAUUUUAAAAUGCAAAUUAAAUUUCACGAAAAAAAAUAUCGUCGAAUGUCAAUUCAAGCAGUCACCCAUCCAAGUACUAACCGCGUCCAACGUUGCUUAACUUCCGUGAUCUGAUGAGAACUUGUUCUUUCGCCUUGGUGUUUCCGCUGUCUUGUCUUGAUUAAUAACUUUGUCGUAUAAGUAUUGUAUCGCACCUCACUUUUAGUGAUACUUAUACGACAAAGUUAUUAAUCAAGACAAGACAGCGGAAACACCAAGGCGAAGGAACAAGUUCUCAUCAGAUCACGGAAGUUAAGCAACGUUGGACGCGGUUAGUACUUGGAUGGGUGACUGCUUGAAUUGACAUUAGACGAUAUUUUUUUUCGUGAAAUUUAAUUUGCAUUUUAAAAUUUCUAAAAAUUUUCAGCGCAAUUUUGCUACUAAUUAUUCUAUUAUUAUUCUAUUCUAUUAUUCUAUUUUUAAUAGAAUUAUAAUUAUACGUAUAAUAAUACGUAUAAUUAUACGUAUUAUUAUACGUAUUAUUAUACGUAUAAUUAAUUAUACGUAUUAUUAUACGUAUAAUUAUACGUAUAAUUCUUGUUUCAAAUUCGUAUGUCUUAUUAUACGUAUAAUUAUACGUAUAAUAAUACGUAUAAUUAUACGUAUAAUUAUACGUAUAAUAAUACGUAUUAUUAUACGUACAAUUAUACGUGUUUUUUUUCAAUAGGGAUGUAAUAUUUUGUCUUUCUACCGCUUUAAUUUUUAGUAAUGUAAAAUUGUAAUAAAAAGAAAGAAAUAAAUAUUUCUACUAAAAAUUUAUUUUCUCCUUGUACUGAGUUAAUAUUUGUUCUAAUAUUUCAAGUUUUUUUAAUACUUGAUAGUACAUACAACUGGGGUACAAAAGUACCCCAGAGAUAAUUCAAAUUACGGCACUGUAUCUGUAAGCUUAACUGACUGUCAUGGCGGCAUCCUAACCUUAAUUCAGUUUAGUUAUCGAACUUUCAAUUUUUAUGCUAGUGGCGAUUAUUUACUUUUAUAAUAACUGGUGGUAAUUAAUUAAAAAUUGUUUUACACGAGUGAACAUAAUUAUUACUGAAUAUUUUAAAUUUAUUUCAUGAUUUUAUGUAGAAUAUUGUAGAUUAUUGUAUAAAAUACUGCAGAAAGAGCAGUGUACUGACAAGAACAUAGAAUUAUCAUUUGUGAAACUUGCUCGACAACUAAUUUAUAAAAUGUUAUUAAAAUUAAUUCAGAAACGUAAAA